UAUGCAGUCCUGCUUUUCCCUUCCUUGCCUGUGACUGGACUUUAAAAUCAGCUUUAGAGAAAAGUCUACCAGAUCAAUCCAAGGAGCCGAGUAUACUUCAAGAGGAACACAGCAAGUACAUGAAUGCAGCUCUGUGAAUUUCAAGGGCUCUAAUACACAGAAGAACUAGUUUUGCUCAGUACGGAUCCUCUGCCCCACGCUGGAAAUGACAGAGGCCAGCAUUCUCUUCGUCCGUGCCUGCCUCGCGCUGCUUGCCAUGCCCAUCUACCUACUAUCGUUCCUGGGCAUAUGGGAGCCUUUCUGUAAGAAGAUAUUUUUUCCUUUCUUCUUAGAGAAUUUUUCUGCAAUUCACGAAAGGAAAACAAAGAAGCAGAAGCAGGAGCUAUUUCGUAAUCUACGUGACUUCACGAGCCCCUCGGGAGAGCUGAAGCUGCUGGAGAUCGGGACCGGCUGCGGUGCUAACUUCCAGUUCUACCCACCAGGCUGCAAAGUCACAUGCACCGACAUAAACCCCAACUUCCAGCAAGGCCUUUCGAGAAGCAUCAACAAGAACCAACAUGUCCACUAUGAGCGUUUCCUAGUAGCUGCAGGAGAAGACCUGCACCAGGUGCCCAGCGGUUCUGUGGACGCUGUCAUCUGCACCUUGGUCCUCUGCUCUGUGCACAAUGUGGACGGCACCCUGAAGGAAGUCCUGCGAGUGCUCAGACCAGGAGGAGCUUUCUAUUUCUUAGAGCAUGUGGCCGCUGAUCAUUCCAGCUGGCAGUAUUUUUGGCAGCAGAGCUGCCAUCCGACUUGGAAACUCAUCUUUGAUGGAUGCUGCCUAACGAGGGAGAUAUGGAAGAAUCUCGAACAGGCCAACUUCUCGGAGCUGAACUUAAAACACAUAAGAAUAGCGCUGCCCUGGAUGCCCAUUCAGCCUCACAUCAUCGGGUAUGCUGUGAAGUAACUCCCACCGCUCUGCCAGGCCUUCUCCUCUGCCCCCACAAAAAUUCCUUGACAUAAUCAAUG